CAUUCCAGCUGGGAACAUUCUGCUGUCUGCUUCAAUCUUAUAUUCUGGAUCUCUCCCAAGAAAGUCACUCCUAAUGCUGCAGUACCUUGGUAUGUCUUCAGUCAGUGUUAGGACUUUCUUCCAACAUCAGAGGUCCCUGUUACACCCAGUGAUUGAGAGAGUAUGGAAAGAAGAACAGAGGAUGAUUCUAGAUGAAAUUCGAUUCACAGAGGAACCUCUCGUCCUGGGUGGAGAUGGAAGGGCAGACACUCUAGGCCACAAUGCUAAGUUUGGCUCCUACACCCUGAUGGAACUGGGUAGCAGCAAAGUUGUACAUGUAGAACUAGUGCAGAGCAAUGAGGUGAAAACUCCAACGCCAUGGAAAAAGAGGGCCUGGCUCGUAGUGUUCACUUCCUCAGAGAAGAAGAGAUGA